ACUCCAUCAAGAUACUGAACCAGAGCAACUCUUAGGCAGCUUUGGUUUGUAUUUGAUCUCACUCAAUUGUGAAAUCUACACUUUCUGUGGUAUAUUAAAGAGAUACUUAAUUAUGGCACCAGUCGCAGCCAGGAGAGCUUGUAAUCCAAUUGAGCAAACAGCUUCAAAAUCUGCAAUGCAGAGGCAGAAGAAAAUAAAGAUGGAUAAGAAGAUCAAAAAGACCAUGAAAAGGUUAAAAGUGGAUAUGGCAAAAAUAAGCAAGGAUCAAAGAGGCAUCAGAGAGGAACAAAGGAAAAUCAGAGAAAAGUUGGAAGAAAUUGGAAGCCAAUGUGCACAACUUAGGGAGGAGACUGAGUUGAUUUUCAAACAGAAGGCUGGGAAUCAAGUUCUCCUCAUCCUUGUUUUCCAAAUUAUCAAGGCAAGACAAGAUAGAGACUUUGGAAAGGCCGCCUCCCUCGCCUGCACCCUACGGUUUGUGCUCUCAAACCAUUUUCAUUUUUUAUUUUAUUUGUUUAUUUUUUAUUUUAAUACUCCGAGUUUUUUCGUGUUCGAAAUAGCAAUUUUUUUUUCAGUCUGGAUUGAACUUCUGUUUUACCUCUGUAUAUAUGAAUAAUUAAUCAUUUAGGUCUCUCCUUUUAUUUUUCCUUUUAUUUUUCUUUUCGCAGUGAUUUAAUAGCGAAGCAAAAGGGAAAACGCAUGCUGAUGGCUUGCCCUAAACGCGUGUGAAAGAUGAACGGCAAUCACUAGCGUGACAUUACAUCAUCUCUCCAGAUGAAUAAUAUAGACUGCUUAAUUUGUCAAUUAAUUAGUUUGUGCCGUUUUCAAUGUGUGGGUUGAAAUCUAUGUAAAACCGAUUAUGAAUUUGAAUUCUCAUCUAAGGCCCAAAGAAAAUGUUAGUAAAAUUGAACGAGAACG